AUGCCCUUCUUCCACGAUGCAGAAAUGCUCCAUCCCGUCAACCCCACCACGGAGCACACGAUGGGCAUCGACUUGAGCCUCUGCUCGACGCUCGACCGAUCGUACAUCUGGCUGGGUGCGGAGUUCGUCUCCGACGGAAAGUCGCUGGACAUACUCAGGGCGAUGCUCGACACCUGGCAAUGUGUGGCUCCUCUCCGACAGAUCGCCCUCGCAGCAGUCCCGCAAAGCGACUUUACGCGGCAAUGCUUCGCAGAUCUUCUCGUUACAGUGGGUCGCGUUCUGGAGGACUGGCUUCGUGGAUCUCCGGCACCCUUGAAUGCAGACGGAGAGGACGGCAAACAGGGCAGUGGACGACGGCGGAUAGUGGUCUAUACGUACGACUGGGAGGUCUGGCAGACUUGGUGGUGGACGCAUCUCCGAGGGUGUUUCCCGACAUUCGCAAAGCCUGGUGAGCUCUGGAUGAGCUAUGAGCCUCCUCCCAAUGACCGACUGAAGUGGCAAGACAUCCAUGCACCGCCGCCAAUAAUCCCGACCACUGGCUAG